AUGCCGGCGAGACAAAUCGCUCCUGCCUACGUGCUGAGAGUCGGCCUGACCAAGUUCGUAAAACCACGGGGCAAAGUCGACUACACAGAACUUGGAUACGAGGCGGGUAUCAAAGCCAUGCUCGACGCUCAUAUCACCUAUGACGACGUCAACCAGGGAAUCGCAUGUUACUGCUACGGGGACAGUACCUGCGGACAGAGAGUUUUCUACCAAUUUGGAAUGACGGGAAUACCCAUCUACAACACGAAUAAUAACUGUGCAACGGCAUCGACCGGCCUGGUCAUGGCUCGAAAUGCCGUCGGCUAUGGAGCCGCCGACUGUGUGUUUGUUGUGGGAUUUGAGAAAAUGAACCCGGGGAGUCUCGAAAGGUUUUGGAAAGACAGAGCAGAUCCGAUCGGGAGGAGCGUGGCUAUGUCGGAGCAAAUCAGGCCUCUGACCAAAGCUCCUCCGAACAAAAGGACAACAAAAGGACCGACUGAAAACAUUAGACACGGCGCCAAGCCACGAGAUUUCGCAGAAAUUGCGCGCAUUAACCAUGAACAUUCUCAGCGCAAUCCAUAUUCUCAGUUUCGAGAUGUUUAUACCCUCGAAGAGAUCCUGAAAUCACCGGUUAUCGAAAGCCCUCUGACGAAGCUGCAGUGCUGUCCCACGAGCGAUGGAGGAGCUGCUGCGGUGGUGGUAUCCCAAGCUUUCUUGGAUGCGAGGCCUGAGUUGAAGUCGCAGGCUAUUCUCAUUGCAGGGCAGUCCAUGGGCACGGAUCCGAUCACCACUUUCAAUGGAACUGCUGCCAACCUCGUCGGAGCCGGGAUCACUCGAACGAUAACCAAAGCAGCGUUGGCUGAAGCAGGCAUUCCUUCCAUGCAGGACAUCAAAGUGUGCGAGCUUCAUGAUUGCUUCUCUGCCGCUGAGAUGGUAUUCAUCGAUGCACUCGGGAUCAGCGAGCCGGGGAAGGCCCACGAAUAUAUCCGUCAGGGCCACAAUACGUACGGUGGCCGUACGGUGUCUGGCAUCAUGGCUGGAGGAAUUAUUACGACUGCCAAUCCCGGCUUCGUGGCCCGUGAACUGGCAAAUCAGCUCCAGGACUCCGGUGCGCGCUUUCUACUGCUCGCAGAAGCAAGUCUGGAGACCGCUUUGCAAGCGGCGAAGCUCAUCGAUUACAACCGGGGGAGCAUGUUCAUUUUCGAUGAUGCACCAUUACAAGGUCACGGCCGGAGUGAGCGGAAAGGCAUUGAGGGCAACACUGCCGACUGUGUUCGACAAACAGUGGCAAUAUUGUAUCCCUCGGGGACUACUGGAGUGCCGAAAGGCGUCGAAAUCACCCACUACGGUCUUGUCGCCAAUUGUUGUCAACUUGACUAUCUCUUCAAUCUAACUCCGCGACUUCUCUUUUUCGCCACAGUGGCACCUUACCGACGGCUCCCCGUUUACAUUAUGAAACAGUAUAGCCUGCCCGCGAUGCUGAAUAAUAUCCAACGGUUUCGCAUCACGGAGCUAACGCUACCGACAACAAUUCUUAGUUGGGACGAGCGGGAGACGUCAACCACUCAGGCCGUGGGUGAGCCCGUUCCAAAUUGUCAAGUGAAACUCAUGGACGAGGAUGGAAUCAAUGAGGUCCCAGCGGGACAGAGAGGAGAGCUAUGGGCGCCUUGCCCUAAUGUGAUGAAGGGCUAUUGGAGGAACCCUGAAGCAACGAGGGAUACCAUGACGGCAGACGGUUGGUUGAAGACGGGAGAUAUUGCAUUCCGAGAUGAAAAUGGGAAGUAUUCCAUCGUUGACAGGAAAAAGGAAUUGAUCAAGGUAAAGGGAAACCAGGUGGCUCCAGCGGAGCUGGAAGCUCUCCUUUUGGGUCAUCCAGAUAUACAGGAUGCCGCUGUAGUCGGAGUAAAAGUAGGAGAAGACGAAAGACCGCUCGCAUAUGUCGUACGAAAAGCAGGAAGCAAUAUCAUGGCGGAAGACAUUUUCAGCUUCAUGUCUGAGAGAACGGCAAAGAUAAAGCGCCUCUGUGCUGUUGUUUUUACCACAGGCAUCCCGAAGAACCCGUCCGGCAAGAUUCUGCGCCGACAACUACGGGAAAGGGCCGCCAAAGAGUCAGCAGAUGUGGCAAGCCACUUCAACUUUGAUCAAAUGGCUAAAUUGUGA